AUGAGUUUCUGCUUGCCAUUGUUCUGCUGGCGUUUUCAGAAAUUAGCGCUUCUGUGUUGUUCACUGUUGCUCACAUUAUUUAUUUAUUAUAACCGCCAUUUUCCAUCUAACGUCUGGAAUUUUUCUCGCUACCACCAACUGGUCCGUGACAUCCCCGCUUGGAAAACUUUUCCAGUAGAUGAGAUAAAUCUGAGGUUGCUUCGGGGUAAUUCGGUCUUAGAAAAGCUUGAAACACAAAUGCUCUCUCUGCAGCAGGAAUUUACUCGUCUGAAAAAGAAUUCGCAUCCGAUUAAGACAUUACAAGAAUUGAACGAAAAAAGAUAUUUCAAUGUAAAAUACCAAAACGAAGCAAACCGGAAACGAAUUCUAGUUACAGGUGGUGCAGGCUUUGUCGGUUCCCACUUGGUAGAUCGUCUAAUGCUUGAGGGACAUGAGGUUAUUGCACUCGACAAUUACUUCACCGGUCGAAGGCGGAAUGUAGAACAAUGGAUUGGACAUCCUAAUUUCGAGCUUGUCCACCACGAUGUGGUUAACUCAUACCUUACUGAAGUAGAUGAAAUAUACCACCUUGCCUCCCCUGCAUCGCCAACUCAUUAUAUGUAUAAUCCUGUGAAAACUAUCAAAACGAACACCAUUGGUACCAUAAAUAUGCUAGGUCUAGCUAAAAGAUUAAAGGCGCGUAUACUGUUAGCCUCAACAUCUGAAAUUUAUGGUAAUCCAGAGGUUCACCCACAACCGGAAAAUUACUGGGGACAUGUAAAUACAGUAGGACCACGAUCGUGCUACGAUGAAGGGAAACGGGUCGCGGAGACGUUGAUGGUUGCCUAUCACGUGCAAGAGAAAGUGGACAUUCGAAUUGCUCGAAUAUUCAAUACGUUUGGACCUCGAAUGCACAUGAAUGAUGGUCGUGUUGUAAGUAAUUUCAUCCUGCAGGCUUUACGUGGUCAUCCGAUCACUAUUUAUGGUGACGGGAAACAAACUCGUUCGUUUCAAUAUGUGGACGAUUUAGUAACAGGAUUAAUCAAAUUAAUGGGAAGUAAUUGCACGGAUCCAGUUAAUAUUGGAAAUCCUGAAGAGAAAACAAUUAAUGAAUUUGCAGAGUUGAUCCGUGGCUUAAUUGGUAGUAAUUCAAGUAUUGUUCAUCAACCUGAACAACAAGAUGACCCACAACAACGCAAGCCUGAUAUCUCACGAGCUAAUGAAAAAUUGAAUUGGAGACCUAUAGUUUCUAUGUGUGAUGGUUUAAUUAAAACAAUUGAUUAUUUUCGGAAGGAACUGGAGCAUGAUCAAAUAAUGCUUAUGAAAACGAUAAAUUGA